AUGGACACGCUCAUCACGCGGAUGCAAUCGCCAAUGUACACAACGCAGUACAAAUCCGUAAACGGCGCCGUCAGCCGGACGCUCUUCCUCGGGCUGUACCAGGGGUUCGGCCCCACCAUCAUCACCAGCAUACCGUCGUCGGCGGCCUUCUUCACGAUCUACGAGGGGCUCAAGGGCUACUCGCUGCGCGCCAAAGAGGAGGGCCGUUUGGCGGGCGUGCCGUUGCCUGUCUUGUACGGGGCGAGCGGCGCGGCGGCCAGUCUUGUUAGCUGUGCCAUUACGAACCCUGCCGAGGUCUUGAAGCAGAAUGCGCAGGUGUAUAGGGGGGGUAGUGGUAGCGGCAGUGCUACGUCUCCGACGAUGGACACGUUGAGGCGUUUCGCGAAGCAGCCAACCAAGUUGUGGGCUGGGUAUACGGCGCUCGUGGCGAGUGAUUUGCCCAAUACCACGUUGACGUUUUGUCUCUACGAGACUCUCAAAGAACGGUUUCUCGGAGGGGAGGGCAAGAGUCAGGAGAGGAGUGCGUCGCAGCAGGUUCUCGCUAGCGGGCUGUGCGCUGCUGCUGCUGGGAGCGCGUCGUCGAGCUUGUUCGUGCCUAUUGAUGUUGUCAAGACGAGGAUGAGACUUGCGGCUGGCGGGGAGGUGACCGGCGAGAACGGGUCGCCAAAGACGUCGAGUAGUUCUUCUCGCGCAAAGAUUGGUCCGAUUGCGGUGGCCAGGGGGAUUAUCCUGAAAGAAGGCGUUCGAGGGCUGUUCAGGGGUGCCACGGUGACGGUUUUGGCAGCGGGUUUUGGGGGUGGGUUGUAUAUUGGCUGCUACGAGGCCAUCAAGAUUUAUCUGAGCUAG